ACUAGCGGCGCGGACCGCGGGGGAGGCGGCGGGGGCUAGGCGGGCUCCCGGCGGGCGAGAGGCAGCUGCGGGCCGGGCUGAGUCAGAAAGCGGCGGCCGGACUCGCCCGGGAAGGGGAGAGCGAGAGCCCGGCGGGCCGGGCUGCGGGGCCGGGGAGCGCGGAGCCGGGCGCCUCAGCCACCCGCGGCGACACAGGAGCCUGGCCGCCCACCCACGCAGCCCGAGCCCUCACCCGCCGGCCGGCCCCUCUGGGAUGCCCGAGGGACCCAGGCAUCCAGGACGGUGACAGAGCGAGCCCGAGGAUGGGACGGCGCUUGCAGCUCCGGCUUGUCAAGACCCUUCUCCUCCUGGGGCUGCACUCCAUCUCCGCCUCCCUCCAGGACCAGCACUGCGAGAGCCUAUCCCUGGCCGGCAACAUCUCUGGUGAGCACCCCCACCUGCCUCCUGCAAGAUUCCAGGUCCCCAGCCCCCCACCCCCAGGGCUCCCAGAGCCUGCACACAGAGCCAUGCCCUGGGGCAGGAACAGCGGAGAGAUUUCCCCUCUGGGGCUCCAAGCAAUCCAUCAUUUAUCCACGGAGUGCUGUGUUGAGCGGGAUCCUGAAGGACUGCAGUGCAAUGCAUCCGUGGACCUCAUUGGCACCUGCUGGCCCCAGAGCCCCGCAGGGCAGCUGGUGGUUCGACCCUGCCCUGCCUAUUUCUACGGUGUCCGCUACAACACCACAAACAACGGCUACCGGGAGUGCCUGGCCAAUGGCACCUGGGCCGCCCGCGUGAACUACUCGGAAUGCCAGGAGAUCCUUAGCGAGGAGAAGAAGAGCAAAGUACACUACCACGUUGCCGUCAUCAUCAACUACCUGGGCCACUGCAUCUCCCUGGUAGCCCUCCUGGUGGCCUUUGUCCUAUUUCUGCGGCUCAGGAGCAUCCGGUGCCUGAGAAACAUCAUCCACUGGAACCUCAUCUCGGCCUUCAUCCUGCGGAACGCCACGUGGUUCGUGGUCCAGCUCACCAUGAGCCCGGAAGUCCACCAGAGCAAUGUGGGCUGGUGCAGGCUGGUGACAGCCGCCUACAACUACUUCCACGUGACCAACUUCUUCUGGAUGUUUGGCGAGGGCUGCUACCUGCACACAGCCAUCGUGCUGACGUACUCCACCGACCGGCUGCGCAAGUGGAUGUUCAUCUGCAUUGGCUGGGGUGUGCCUUUCCCCAUCAUCGUGGCCUGGGCCAUUGGGAAGCUGUACUACGACAAUGAGAAGUGCUGGUUUGGCAAAAGGCCUGGGGUGUACACGGACUACAUCUACCAGGGCCCCAUGAUCUUGGUCCUGCUGAUCAAUUUCAUCUUCCUUUUCAACAUCGUCCGCAUCCUCAUGACCAAACUCCGGGCAUCCACCACGUCUGAGACCAUUCAGUACAGGAAGGCUGUGAAGGCCACCCUGGUGCUGCUACCCCUCCUGGGCAUCACGUACAUGCUGUUCUUCGUGAACCCCGGGGAGGACGAGGUCUCCCGGGUCGUCUUCAUCUACUUCAACUCCUUCCUGGAAUCCUUCCAGGGUUUCUUCGUAUCUGUGUUCUACUGCUUCCUCAACAGCGAGGUCCGCUCUGCCAUCCGGAAAAGGUGGCACCGAUGGCAGGACAAGCACUCGAUCCGCGCCCGCGUGGCCCGCGCCAUGUCCAUCCCCACCUCCCCCACCCGUGUCAGCUUUCACAGCAUCAAACAGUCCACAGCAGUCUGAGCUGGAGGGCUGUGGAGUGGCCCCCAAGAUCCACGGCUGGGGAGAUGGUCGCCAGGCUCAGCUGGCCACCCUGUCUGUGGAGGGGACCAGCUCUCUCCCACACCCUGUGCCCCCAGGAGUAGCUGGCUGGCACUGAGAGCCCGGGAGGCCCCUCCCGCACCCCCAGCUGAGCAGGAGUUCCAGGCCUCUGAGAGCAGUCUGGGCCACGGGAUGAAUGGAAGAUAACCUAUAGGCCUGCGCUGGGCCCAGGGCCUCUGGCUCCCCUUUGUCCCAAGAAUGGAACAGAAAUGGAGUGGAGAUGGAGAGCAGGGAAUCCAAAGCAGCAUGUGGGUCCCUCCAAGAGGUGUUUGCUUCCAGAGCACAAGAUGGCAGCCCAUUGGAGACCCCGGGAUGUCCUCAGCGACUGUGCGGGGCCAUCCACUCCUCCAGGAGAAUCAUGGGAAACUCUUGUGACAGCGUUCAAGCCACGGUGAUGAUGCCUCCAGGCCUUAGCAGUGCUUUCCAACACCACUGGGAACCAAGGCCGUGUUGUCAGAAGCCCUGCUGACAUUGUUAGAAGUCAGGCGGCAUCAUCAGACAUCAGGCCACGUCACCGAAAUCCUCCCAAGCCACCGGAAAUUCGUGUGACCCUGUUGCACUGCCACCAGAAAUGCCCUGCCUCGCUGCCUCACACCCUUGGACCUUUACUACCGCACAGCCCACAUGGGUUCCCCCUCCUUAACCUCCUGCCCCAGGUGUCUCCCCCUUCGUGAGAUGAUGGGGAGGUGGGAGGGUGACAGAGUGUCCUUGAGCAAAAGCCAGUGUGUGCCCCAGCCAAAGCCAGCCUCCCUUUGAGGGGCAGAGAAUACUGGGGGCCACCCAGCCUGCUGUUUUCAGUGACCUGGCCUCUGGGGCAACCCCUCUGCUGGUCAAAGGGACCCUGUGGCCCUUGGAUGACCUCAUUGGGAAGCAUCAUUAGCUAAGCAAAGAUAGAAGAGUGUGGGGCACUCAGCCCCCCUCUGCCUCAAGUUCCCCAGAGCAGGACAAGUGGCUCCUGGGGCAACCAGCCAGCUGACCGCUUACACCCCUGGUAAGGACCCAGCCACAUCCAGAGAUACUGGACAGCCGGAGCAGGGCUUUGGGGGAGUGGGGCUGGGAGAUGGGGGUGGCUAGUGUAAAUAAUAAUGUUUAUCUUUCAACCAGCACUUGUGAAGCCUGGUAUGUGCUAGGGCUGGGUAGGGAGGGUACCACAAAGAAAUGGAGGCCACUUUCAGCCUUUAGGGUCACCGUGUGGUUGGGGAACCAGUGGCACUCAGACACACGCCAAUGAUGGGGCGCUAGGGGAGCCCCUGAGGUCCAGGAGAGGACUUAGGAGAAGGGCAUGGGUCUGUGGGGACCAGGUAAGGGCAGCUUUUGUAAGGGGGCGAGUUGUAGGGAGAAGGUGGAGGACACCACGGGCCGGGCACAGCUUGAGCACAGGGACCAGACCGAAGUGUGUCCCAGCCCCAGGGGAGGAGAUAAGCUGGGAACAGGAAGGAAUUAGGAAGCAGGGAAGGCCGAACAGGCUUGAAUGCUGUCUUAGCAUGGAAACCCCAGAAGCAUACCAAGAGACAAGGCUUCGAGAACCAACUCCAGGGUAGGGGCGCACACGCCCACCACCGUGGGCAGCUGCAGCCAGUCCUGCUGCGGAAGCUGGGAGAGCCGGGUGGGACCCACACCUGCGCCGUCCCACCUGAGGGGCCAGGGAUGUGUAUCCACCAGCUCCUGGGGGACAGUAAAUCCCUGCACCUCCUGCGGAGUCCGGGAGAGUGCCGGGCACAACGUGGGCCACGUCCUCGGGGCAGGAGGUGGUUGGGGCACAGACGCUCCACCCAACACACUCAGGCCCGGGCCUUGCCUCUGAGUCUCUGACCUGGAAAGAGGGCCACGCAGGGGUGUGUGUGUAUGCACGAGUGCAUGCGCACACAUGUGCACACGGGUGCGUGUGCUAUCAGGACACCA